CAGACAGUAAUAUGCACUCAAGAAGUUUAAAAUAUCUAUCUAAAUUGUUAUUGUUUGGUAUAUAUUGAGGUUUGGCCGAGGAUAACACCCUCAGGCAAAGAAGUACUGCCAUGGUGUACUGUUAUGACACUGAAGAAUUCUGGUAGAAAAUGGUCUAGACAACAACAACCAUAUAUAUAUUGGGUUGUUCUGCCAAGAGAUUCUGAGACAUAGACUUUUGUAGGGAGUUCCAAAUAAUACUGUCUCCUGCCACUCGGGUCCAGCGACUCCAUGCAACUCACUUAAUGUUAUCUGUCCACCUUGUGAGAUGGUCUACCAAUCCUGCAAUUACAAUACUGUAUUCUUUGUGGGAGGAUGGAUAUUCUUUGUGAAGCAACUCUUCAGGGACUACGAAGUUCACCAUUUGCUGGUCCAACUCAUAUUUUCAGUCACAUUUGCCCUGAGUUGCACCAUGUUUGAACUUAUUAUAUUUGAAAUUAUUGGAUACUUGGAUUCAAGCUCCAGAUAUUUCCACUGGAACCUUGGACUCUACUCGCUGCUAUUCAUGGUGAUUGCUCUAAUACCAUUCUAUAUUGCAUACUUUUGCAUUAGUAAUGUUAGAUUUGUAUCAAAAAAUAUGAUAAGACCACUUACAAUGUUCGUGUGGUUCAUUUAUCUGUAUUUCUUCUGGAAGAUUGGUGACCCAUUUCCGAUAUUAAGUCCAAAGCAGGGAAUAUUCUCUAUAGAACAAGGCGUUUCGAGGAUAGGUGUAAUCGGAGUCACCGUCAUGGCUCUGCUAUCCGGUUUCGGUGCAGUGAAUUACCCAUACACGUCCAUGGCUAUUUUUAUAAGACCUGUUACCCAAUCAGAUGUAUUAUCAAUAGAGAAGAAGCUUCUCCAAACCAUGGAUAUGAUACUCGUGAAGAAGAAGAGGAUAGCUUUAGCAGAAUCCAACAGUAUGGGUAGGAACCAGUACAAUAUGGUGGACCAAUCCGGAGCCAAGAGUAAAGGAUUCUGGGGGAACAUAUUGUCCAGUGUUGGCAGCAUUGCUAAUCCUUUGAGCCAGGGCACUGAAAAUAUAACCCAAUUGCGCCAAGAGAUAUCGGCUUUAGAAGAGUUAAGCAGACAAUUGUUCUUGGAGGCACACGAUGCUAGAACGAUGCGGGAGAAGAUAGAGUGGUCCAGAACAUUCCAGGGGAAGUAUUUCAACUUUCUGGGCUACUUCUUCUCAUUGUACUGCGUUUGGAAGAUAUUUAUAUCGACAAUAAAUAUAGUAUUCGACCGAGUCGGCAAGAAAGAUCCAGUUACACGGGGCUUAGAACUGGUAGUUCAUUGGCUGGGGUGGAAUAUCGACGUGUCUUUCUGGUCGCAGCACGUGUCUUUUAUACUGGUCGGUUGCAUAGUGCUUACUAGCAUUAGGGGGCUGCUGUUGACCCUCACUAAGUUCUUCUACAAGAUAUCGUCGUCGAAAUCGUCAAACAUUAUAGUUUUAAUAUUAGCACAGAUCAUGGGUAUGUAUUUUUGUUCGUCGGUCUUACUGAUGCGUAUGAACAUGCCCUCGGAGUAUAGAAUCAUUAUUACGCAAGUACUCGGCGAGCUGCAGUUUAAUUUCUACCACAGAUGGUUCGACGUUAUAUUCCUUGUCAGCGCUUUAACUAGCAUUUUCACCCUGUAUUUAGCACACAAACAACCCUCCGUCAAUUAAAACUCUUACUCUACAAAGUUUGUUUUAAGGUUAGGGUAGCUACAACAACGAUGGGAAGUAACAGUAUUCAUGAUGGGAUAUUUUUGAGAAAUAACUGUAAGUGCAAUGUUUUCAUUAAAAAUUACGCGAUGAAAACCAACACAUCGGUUGUGUAAACGUUUAAGGUUAAUUGGGUCCAGGAUAACAAUGGCAACAGAAAAAAGAUCAAUGUCCUAGAAAAUAUAACAAACGCGUUCACACGCACACAAAAACACGUGUAAAUUUAACGUAAUAUAUCAUGAUAUUACAAUUAGUUGAUUUUGGCGAUAUUCCAUUUAGGUUCUUUAAUGUUUAGGAAAUUAAAAAAAAACUUUAGUCCAAUACUUUUUAGAAAUAAUAGCAAGGACAAAGUUUUUAUUUAAAAUUACGCGGUGACAACCAAAACAUUAGCUGUGUGUAAACGUUCUAAGGUUAAUUGGGUCCCGGAUUACUACAGCAAUAGUAAAAAGAUUUAUUUUCUCGAUAAUAUAACAAACGCGUUUACACAUGCUUUUGUGUGCACAAAAACAUGUGUAAAUGUGACAUCGUGUCGUUACAAUUAGUUGGUCUUUGCAAUAUUCUAUUUAGGUUCUUUAAUUUUUGGGAAAACGUUAGUCCAAUACUUUUUGGAAAUAAUGGCAAGAACAAAGUUUUCAUUAAAAAU